AUGGCGAUGGAUGCCAGGAGGACCCAGGCCCAGACAACCUUGAAUCUGGUGUGUUGGAAACGCCCGGUUCCCACCUCCCCCACACACCCGCGCCCUCUCCCUGUGCAGGCGGAGCAGAUCCUGGCAGAGUUCCAGCUGCAGGAGGAGGACUUGAAGAAGGUGAUGAGGCGGAUGCAGGAGGAGAUGGACCGAGGCCUGAGGCUAGAGACCCACGAGGAAGCCACUGUGAAGAUGCUGCCCACCUACGUGCGCUCCACCCCGGAAGGCUCAGAAGUCGGGGACUUCCUCUCCCUGGACCUGGGCGGCACCAACUUCAGGGUGAUGCUGGUGAAGGUGGGGGAGGGCGAGGCGGGGCAGUGGAGUGUGAAAACUAAGCACCAGAUGUACUCCAUCCCCGAGGACGCCAUGACGGGCACCGCCGAGAUGCUCUUUGACUACAUCUCCGAGUGCAUCUCUGACUUCCUGGACAAGCAUCAGAUGAAGCACAAGAAGCUGCCCUUGGGCUUCACCUUCUCCUUUCCUGUGAGGCAUGAAGACAUAGACAAGGGCAUCCUUCUCAACUGGACCAAGGGCUUCAAGGCCUCUGGAGCAGAAGGGAACAACAUUGUGGGGCUCCUGCGAGACGCCAUCAAACGGAGAGGGGACUUUGAGAUGGACGUGGUGGCGAUGGUGAAUGAUACUGUGGCCACAAUGAUCUCCUGCUACUACGAAGACCGCCGGUGUGAGGUUGGCAUGAUUGUGGGCACCGGCUGCAACGCCUGCUACAUGGAGGAGAUGCAGAACGUGGAGCUGGUGGAAGGGGACGAGGGCCGCAUGUGCGUCAACACCGAGUGGGGCGCCUUCGGGGACGCGGGCGAGCUGGACGAGUUCCUGCUGGAGUACGACCGCGUGGUGGACGAGAACUCCCUGAACCCUGGCCAGCAGCUGUAAGGCGCGCCCCUCCCCCAGCCCGCUGGGGCGGCAGAUGGGGCCGGCCACGCAGAUAAUAGGCUUGUUUUUAAACAGCUCUGGGGAAAAGCAAACUGACAACCCCCUCGUAAGCCGGCUAGUCUCCUCCUCCAGCUCCCACGCAUGUCGUGGCCCUCUGUAAACCGGGAACAGUGAGAGAUGUGAAGGUUUAGUCCUCAAAAAGACAGUCUGUGCAUGGAUGAGCCGGGACCUGGCCCCCUGGACAGGGGGCAGGAAGGCUCUGAGACGCCCCCAGGAACAUUAACUGGGUUUAACCCAGAGUUCCCCAAAGUACAGACAGAUCCGUCCAGGUUCACAGAACGGACAGCUGUAUUUUGGGGAACGCUGCGGGCUCGCACAACACAGCUUGAGAACCAGCCCUCACAGAGCUUGUCGGAGUCACGGCCACGCUUUAUUAGGCGCCUAACAGACGCGCCAGGCACGUGCUGGCUGACUCCGUGGCUAGCUUCCUCUCUGACUCUCAUAACCCUCCGCUAGAUCAGUAGUAUUCAAUGUACUACUAGAUGAAAAUAGGAAGGCUCGCAGACGCCGGCCGGCACCAGCGGUCAGCUCCGUGGAUUUCAGGAGCGCAGAGCCCCAGCGGGGCGGCAGGGGGGCGCCCAGGCUGGUCACCAGCGCCUCGGAGCCGGAGCCGUAGUUUUCCCAACUGCAACCGAGCGAUGAGAACAGCACCCCAUCACAGGAUGUGGGAGGACUAAAGGGGAUUCAGCGCAAGGCCCAUCAGAGGGGCUGGGCCACUC